AUGCCCAACAUAGUCACCCAAGACAAAUCUGAGUGGGAAGAGGAGGUGGGCAGACAGAGAGCAUUACAGAUCAGUUACAACAACUUGAAAACAGAACAAGACCAGUUACAGAAAAACUACGACAGUGUGGUUCAAGACAGAGUCCAGCUCCAGAAAAAAGUUGAAGCCUUGACCAAAGAAAAAGAUGAUCUUCAGAAAAAGCUUCAAGAUUUUCAGCAUAAAUGGGUGUAUGUUAGCGGUAGUUUCUAUUACAUGUCUUCAGAGGAGAAAUCCUGGCAAGAGAGCAGACAAGACUGUCUUCAAAAAGGUGCAGACCUUGUGAUUAUCAACAGCCAAGAGGAACAGAACUUUGUGAAUCAGUUAAACAAGUAUUUGUGGAUUGGACUGACUGACUCAGAGACAGACGGGACAUGGAAAUGGGUGGAUGGGACUCGAAUGACCACAAGCUACUGGAAUAGCGGUGAGCCUAAUGGACUCAAAAAUGAAAACUGUGGGCAAAUAAAAAAUUACAACUCACAAAACAGCUGGAAUGAUGAAAAAUGCUCUAUUUUACACUACUGGAUGUGUGAGAAGAAAGCUUCCCCAUAA